AAUGCAUCACUGUUACACCAGGAGAACAGUCACGCAGAGAUGGGUGAUAUGAAGUGUCUCCUCCUUUUGCUGUGUGCAGGUGUCACCGUGAGCUCAGAUGUGGAUCUGCAGAAGAGAGUUGUUCGUGGUCAUCCAUGUGGAAAUACAGAGCGCGGGUACCAUGUCAAGUUAAUAGCAUCUAAUGGGACAGCUGGGUACUUAUGUGGUGGCUCUCUGAUCAGUGAGAGCUAUAUUCUGACUGCAGCUCACUGCUGGAAGGAUAGGUGGAAUAUGACUGCAUAUUUAGGAGUGCAUCCAGUUCAACAAAAUCCACCACGAGGAGUGAGAAUCACAGAACACCAUAUCUACAAUGACAGACAUGGAGACCAUGACAUCAUGCUGCUGAAGUUACCAACACCCACUAAUAUUCCAUAUAUAGCACUUCCUAGCGACCAGGAAUGUAGGAAUAUUCAUAAUGUACAAACUGUUUGGGUUGCCGGUUAUGGAGCCACAACUGUGUUUCCCAAUGGGACAAUAGGAAAUGAUAGACCAACAGAACUCCACUGUGGUGACAUGAGCGUCGUCAAGUGUCCGAACUUUGCAAGCUGUUCUGAUGUGCUGAAUAGCAUUGACCCAUACAUCCAGUCCUUGACCUAUGCUCACGUCUUCUGUGGACAAUCUAAAACUGUGGAUAUUGCUCCAGGUGACUCUGGUGGAGGAGUCGUGAACAAUUGCAGGAUUUACGGGGUCAUUUCUAACGGUGUUGAUCUUGCCUGUGCUGAACCAGCUGCAUUCAUGGACGUCUGUAAAUACAAGUCAUGGAUCAAACGGAAGGCGGGUAUUGGUGCUUUGAACAAACUCAGAAAUUUUUUUUCCUGUUUUAAUUGAAAUGUCCUUUUAUUUAAGAGACACUGACAAUCAUUUAAUAAAGCAGUGAGUCACUUAAAAUGUUAAAAAGAUAAAUGUACAACUGAUUUAUUUAUUAUUGAUCCUGAUUUUAUCCAUGUAAAGCCCAUUUGAAAACAAUAAUAAUACUAAAGCAUUACUUCAGAGAUCUUGAGGUAUAGUCAUGUUGUCGUGUUGUCAGAAGAAAUAAUAACAUGUGUGCAUUUUUAAAUAAAAUGAGUGACUCGCAA